AUGGAUGCAGUCACCUCUCCCAGAUGUGCCUGUCCAGGUCCUGAUCCACUCUGGAAGUACCUCACAGAGCAUGAUCCAAAAUAUGAAGGGAAGAAGAAACUCAAGAUCUCUGGCAGAGAGCUGCUGUCAGUUCCCACACAGGUCUUUGGCUUGGAGCAGCUGCAGGUGCUGGAGAUGAGCCCAGAACGAGAGAGCUGCCUCAGGUACAGGAUGGAGCUGCUUCCCCAGGAGAUCAGCCGUCUGAGGAACCUCACCUGCCUCUAUGUGGACUCCAACAACUUGAAGAAAAUCCCUGCUGAAAUUGGCACUUUGAGCUGCUUGGAGAGGCUCACGCUGAGCAACAACAGCCUGAGCUCUCUGCCCACAGAGAUGGGGGCACUCCAAAGGCUGCAGAGCCUCCACCUUGCCAACAACAGCCUCACUGAGUUGCCUGAACCCCUCUGCCAGCUGAGGAGCCUCACCUUUCUGGAUGUGAGUGACAACAAAAUAGAUACCAUCCCCUCCAGCAUUCGGCAUCUGGAGAAACUGGAAACGUUGCUAUUGCUCUUCAACUCACUGGAGAGCAUUCCUGAGGAUGUCUGCCUUCUGAGGAAUCUGCACACACUUUGGUUGGGAAACAACCACCUACGGUCCCUUCCAGCAGCCUUUGGGGAGCUGGUGAACCUGGACUGGGGCUACAACUACUGCUCAUGCAAUUUUGAGGGGAAUCCACUGGAGAGUCCUCCCCCUGAAGUCUGCAGCAGAGGCCCUGAAGGGAUCAGAGACUAUUUCUCAUCACUUCGUAGGAUUUGGAAAGACUAA